AUGUCCCUCGCAUGGCCGCCCCCAAACAGCCAGAAACCUCCAGAUGAUGAAUCUCUCCUCCAUGCAAUCCACCGCGACACACUCAACGGCCUUUUAAGGGCCCCUUCCCGUCCUCAUACUCCCAGUUCCUUUUCUAGACUGCGCAGUCUCGGGAGCGGUUCUCAGUCGGGCCAAGCCCCGGAUCCUGAACCAACUAUCGAUGAGGAUCCCCAGAUUAUCCGCUUUCGCGCAUUAUAUCAGGAGACUGAAUCCAAGUUCGCGAACCUAUUCGAUUCUACAGGUCAAGUCAUUGUCCCAGAGCGAUCCUCUAUUGCGAAUGCACUUUGCGAUUCCUCACAACCCGAGCUCCCGAUUGCCUCGAUUCCUGCCGUCGCUCCUGUCUCCAGGAAAAGGAAACUUGAUGAUGACUAUGAUGAUUAUGACGACGACGAUGAUGAAGAGGAAGAUGUGUCCAACGCAUCGCCCCUGAAGGACAAGCCGAAUAAAGUCCAGAUUGUCGCAGAUGCCACCUCUUCACCCGUACCGCGACACGUUGUCGUCGAAUCGUCCAAGGCCCCUCUGAAACCGCCCGCCUCCCACAAGGAAUCUGCCGAAGAUGCGCGCAAAAAGUUGGAAGAGGCCAAGCGCAAGGAGAUCGAGACUGUCCAGUCGUUGUCCCGGACAAUGUUCUUCACCCUAGAAAAUGACCGCGAUGCCAUGCUAGACCAGCAACGGCUUGACGAAGCCGAGCGACGCGCAGAAGCCGAGGCGGAGGGUCAUGCCAAUCGACAGAACGCAUCCAUGCAACAAGGUAGCCUUAGUAAAGCCAAUCUCGGCGCGUCGAGCCUGACGUUGAAAAACCUCAUUGCUCUGCUUGAUGAACAUCGCUCCAUGGUCCAUGCGACCGAGUCGGAGUUGCGUGCAUUGAUGAGUGAAGUUCGCAAGAACAGAAGCAAGUGGGCGAGUGAGGACAAAGUCGGGCAGGAGGAGUUGUACGAGUCGGCCGAGAAAGUUCUCACCGAGCUGAAGGCCCACACCGAACACUCAACACCCUUUUUAAACCCCGUGAAGAAAAAGGAUGCGCCCGACUACUAUGUCAUCAUUAAGCAGCCUAUGGAUCUAGGCACCAUGACGAAGAAGUUGAAACAGUUUGCUUACAAGUCAAAGAAAGAAUUCGUGGAUGAUCUCAGCCAAAUAUGGAAAAACUGUCUGAAAUUCAACAGCAGUUCCGACCACCCUUUCCGCAAGCAUGCUCUUUUCAUGCAAAAAGAGACCGAUAAACUCGUCCCUCUCAUCCCCGAUAUUGUAAUUAGGGAUCGGGCUGAAGUUGAGGCAGAGGAGCGACGCCAACAGAUUGCCAAUGGUGAACUGGAUGAUGGUGCAGAGGAAAGUGAUGAUGAGCCAAUCAUGAGUUCUCGAGGCCGCAAGGCUCCCAAGAAAAGUGCAAAGAAGGUUGGUCAGACUUCGCGAAAGGCUCCACCUGAGACCACCCCAGUUCCGGAAACAAAACCAGUACUUCAAUCCCUCAGUUCUGUACAAAAUGGCAUUCGUGCAGAAUCUGAAGUCGAAGGUAGUCAAGGUCAGUCCACUCCUCCACCAGGAGGCAUUUUGACCCCUGUCGGUGCCCACGGCCCAGGCAGUGUCAUCGGCGCAGGCAGCGAGGCGCUCGACAUGGACCUGCCUGGAAUGCCCUCCCAGGCUGCCGUGCCGGAAUACGAAGACGAAGAGUACAAGCUGUGGAAACAAAAAACCAAACGAGAACGAGCUAUGCUCGCUGCCGCCAGGCACAAACUCUUCCGUGGCGACAAGUUGAAUCCGGAUGAAAAUGCCUUGCUUCGGACUAAAGCAGGCAUGCGCCGUUGGCAAAGAAUCCAAGAUGAGAUCGCGGGCAGAGAUAUCUCGGAGUCGAAUGGAGAAUCUUCUGCCCGAGACAAACUUCAGGGUCAGUCACUUGCCGAGGGAAUGGAAGUGGAAGAAGAGAGCCUUCUUCCAGAUUAUUAUGACACCAUCGCCGCAAUACCCGAUCUCCAGUCUCACCUCAGAUGGGAACAAGAUACCGAAGGCCAUGUGGUAGAACAUACUGAAAAAUACCUGCGCCUGUAUCCGCCGAAACUCUUCACCGCGCCCAAGAGCAAAUUCACGACUAAAAUGGAAGCAAACAUGAGACAAAUGCAAGAGACUCGCAAAAUUGUCUCUAAAAUUGGUGUAGUCAAACAGAUGCAACUUCAGUCACAAACCUAUCAGAAUCAAUUUCAAAAGUUUCAACCGGAACCUUUUGUCGAGCAAGACAUUCCAAACCAUGUCGUCUCUGAUGAUGGACCUUUGAUGGCACCAUGGGUCUGCAAAGCAGCUUUUCAGCGGUCUCUCGGUAAAAUCUUCUUCCAUGCUGGUUUUGAAGAGUUCCAGCCUUCGGCAUUGGAUGCCAUCACCGACUUAGCAGGAGACUUCUUCAAACGCCUUUGCACAAGUCUUCUCAACUACAAGGAGGAUUACAAGAUCCCCGUGGCAACUGCAGUUCCUGCUACUCAGGGUCGGUCAGCAGAAAUUGAGACGAGGUACCACAAUCCGUACAGUAGGGAAGAAGCCAUUGUCCAUUCGCUACACUCCAGUGGAAUGACCAUCAACGACUUGGAUCUCUACGUGAAAGAGGAUGUUGAUCGUGUAGGCGCCCGCCUCAUCACCAUGCAUGACAGGAUGAAAGCCCAUUUGGCAGAUCUCCUCCGACCGGCCUUGACAGAUGACACGGCUCAUGGUCAAGGUUCCUUUGCUGAUGGUGGCGAACAAUUUGUUGGUGGAGAUUUUGCUGGAGAUCUAGACGAAGACUUCUUUGGUUUCCGCGAGCUUGGUCUUGACAAGGAAUUUGGCAUGGCCAGUCUCACAGUGCCCUUCCAUAUCCUCCAGAACCGCCUUGGCAUCAAUAACCAACAAGCAAACCCGGUGGAUUCGGCCGAACAGGUGUUCAAGGAACCUGCACGAUGGCCUAAGGUCAAUGUCGAAAAUAUUGAGGAUCAGGUCGGCUUGGUCAAGAGCUGGUUCAUGAAACGGCUGCACGAUAAUGGGGACCGACCAUUGACCGAAGACCUCGAUCUGCCGCCUAAGCAAAGGCCAGGCUACGGACGAGCACGAAUUCCCGCCAGUGGCAAAAUAGGUGAUGGCACUCUUAAAAAUAACACUAGUCCUGUGAAGAAAGCCGCAGCCGCGAAGAAUACCCCUGCUGCGAAGGCAGGCACGGCAGCUACACCGGCUGAGAAGGGCAAGAGAAAGUCCAUUGUCUCAAAUGGUCUUGUUGACGGUUCUCCUAUGGUUAAUGGAGUUGCGAAUGCCAGUACGCCUGGCCCAGGUGGGGAUGGCAGUCCAGAAAAGAAAAAGGCACCGAGCAAGAUGAAAUCCAUGCCCGUGGAGAAACUUGCCGAUAAAGAUCAAAGCGCACUCAUGCCAGAUAGCAGCCUAGAUGCUACACCUGAAGUCAAUGGCGCGACCAAGGUCAAUGGCAUUAUGGAGGACGGUGAUGCCAGUAUGAUGAGCCCGGAGAGUCUGUAA